UAAUUGAAUCCAAAAUGGCUGAACAUUUUUUGUACAGAAGAAGCGUCCAACGAGAGCAAACGCCGUGAGACCGUGUGAUUUCGCUGGAAAUUAAGCUAAUAAAAACGCACCAAACGCACUAACAACGUGAAUAAACAAUUAUAGCGCGUGUUAGCGAAAUGCCGCAGCCCAAAGAAAAGCGACGGCCAGACGGGAAAAUAGCGAAACUCGAACGAACGAACGUGUAUAUGUAAAACGAAAGUUGUGGAUGUCGCUCUGCGUGAAAGAGAGGGAGAAUAUUUUUGCAAGCCGAGAAGUCGAAGGUGAAAUAAAAAUGCAUUAGCAUCCAAAUGAAGACCCUAGCACUCGGUCCCUAAAGAAUAAACGAUAUAAAACUCAGCAAAAAAGCUUGUGAAAAUCCUACACUUGAAAUUGGCGUUGUUUUUGCUUUCGCUCGCGUGUGUGUGUUGGUGCGCGCGCCUGUGAAUGUGUGUGCAUUGGAAUGGAUUAACUACCCAAUUUAAUCCAAAACAAUUACCCCCAAAAAUUGUAGUCACAACAUAAUUACCAUAAUGCUGUUCCAAACAGACAGCAGCUGUUGAGCAAACUUUUGGCGACCAAAAUUGCGCUAUAAUUAGCACGCCCACAUUUUAAACCACCAAAAAUUGUCGCCCACGCGGUGAAAUCUUAGGAUACAGUCGACAUGGAAAUGGAUUUGGAGCAGCUGAAGAACGAUUUCCUGCCACUGAUCGCCGGAAUCAAGCAGGAGCAGCUGGACGCCGUGCCCACGGAUGUUCUGCCUCAGAUGAGCACGCCCAGCACGGCCAGCGGAGCACCCACCACCUCGUCCUUGAGCUCCUCUUCCUUGAGUCUCAGCAAUCCGUGCGACAGCGCCGAAAAGAGGUCGGAGUCAAACUCAUCAGCAUCGGCCAAAUUCACCAUGUUCAAGUGCGUCUACUGCGCCCAGCUGCUUGGAUCCAAUGACCGGCCCAAGCUGCUCGAGUGCCUCCAUGUGGCCUGUGCCCAGUGCGUGAGCACUAAGUUCUCGGAGCUGGACCGCUCCCUUCCGCCGCUGAUCCACUGCCCGGUGUGCGACAACGCCUCGACCAGCGAGUACAUCGUGGACAACCAGUUCCUGAUCGAGCAGUUCGCUGCCGGAGACAGUGGCGAUGGACUCGGCAAUUUGGCCGGCGAGGGUCAGAAGAGCUCGGCUGCGGCGAGCAUCCAGUGCAGCAGUUGCUCCGAUGGGGCGGUGGCCACAUCGUGGUGCGUCGACUGCUCGGAGUACAUCUGCGACAGUUGCGUGCAGGCCCACCAGCGCCUGAAGAUAACCAAGGACCACACGAUCAAGCCCAAGGAUGAGGCCAACAACGAGCAGCUGGCCGGAGCUGCCGGGGUGGACAAGCUGCACAUGUGCCAGCUGCAUCCGCAGGAGAAGCUAUCUCUGUUCUGCGAGACCUGCGAUAAGCUCACGUGCCGCGAUUGCCAGCUGAGUGACCAUCGGGAUCACAAGUACAAGUUCGCCCACGAAAUCGCCACGGAAUCGCGCCAGGCGCUGUCCACACUCGUCUCCGAGAUCAACUACAAGCGGUUCCUCCUAUCCUCGGCCACCAAGGUGAUCGACGACCGCCAGCAGUUGAUCCACGACAAAAAGAAGGACCUGAUCAAGGAGAUAACAGCGAUGGCGGUGAAGAUUACCAACACGGUGAAUACCCGUGGCAAGCAGCUAAUCAUGCGACUCAACGAGGUGUGCGACAGCAAACUGAAGGUGCUGGUGGAGAAGAAGGAGACGCUGCAGCUGCUGUCCGACAACACGGACCACUGCAUCGACUUUAUGCAGAACGCCCUGGAUAAGGGCAGCGACUUCGCCAUCCUCUCGAGCAAGAAGUCGCUGGUGCGCCACCUGCAGAAGCUCAAGUGCCAGCGGGCGGACAUCCCCAACCCGGAGAUCCCGGUGCGCAUCCAGGUGCAGCUCAACCAGGUCUCCGAUCUGCAGAAGGUCAUCUCGCAGCUGGGCAUCAUCAUUGUGGACGGCAAGCCCUACCCGCCGACGCAAUCGCCCAACGGCACGCCCCAGCCACAACAUCCCCCGCGCCAGCAGCCCAGUCCGAACAUGGCACCGCCCCUGCGACCGGGUCUUCCACCCGGAAUGCCAGCCGGCCUCUCGCCGAAUGGUCCGCCCGUCAACUUUGGACCACAGAACGGACCGCCGCUCUACAGCAACGCUGCCCAGCAGCAGUUCAACAAUCUGUCCAUGAGUCGCUCUUUUCCGGGCGACGGGUCAGGUAAGGUUCGCUUCGGGGGAAUGCCGCCAGUGGGCAUGCAACGACACGGACAGCCGCACGUGAGCUCCUCCACGCAUCCGCAGAAUAUGGACAUCAGCCUGCGGGGCCUGCUGAACAACCAGGCGGCGCAGAGCCCCAACGCCCACAUGGUAUUCAAUGGCCCGCCCAGCUAUCCGGGCGGGCCGCAGGGAGCACCGGCGCCGGCCCACCAGCAGAUGGGCCCCCAGAUGCGGCCGCAUUUCAUGCCCGGCCAGCAGGGUUUCUCGCAGGGCGGUGGCUCCGGAGGCGGGCCACGGGACGGCAACUUCAUGAGCAGCAAUGCGCGCUUCCAAUCGCAGUACCAGCGGAUGGCCAACCACGCCCAGCAGGCGGCGGCGGCAGCGGCCAUGGCAGGCGGUGGAGGCGGACAGAUACCCUCGCCGGGUGCACUGCAGCGACCCCCGAUGAUGUCGAAUCCCAUGCAGAACGUCAGUGGAAUGCAAAAUUCGUUGGGGUUUCCUGGGAGCCAGGCUGGCUUUAAUGCCGGCCCACCGCAGACCUCCCCGCAGUUAGGAGGCGGCGGCAUGCACAGCCUGGCCAAGUGGCACAUCCCGCAAUCCGCGCAACAGUCGAACAUGUGUUCCCAGCAGGGUCCCCUUUUGCCUUUUGCGAAUGGCCGCCAGACAUCGGAAAAUUUUAAAAUCUCUCUGAAAUCGCCAAACACGCUCAAGAACAGCACCCCGCCCAGCCUGGGGGGCGGUGGUGCGGGACAUUCGGGCCACGGAAACGGCUCCUCCAGUGCCCAACUGAACGCAGCUGCCCUGGGAUUGGGGCCAGCCGUUUCUAUACUCUCAAACGUCACUUCGACGAAUCCAAAGACGCCGAGUCCCAGCACUCAUGAGAACACCAAGGACUUCACCGAACCCAUUGAUAAGGUGCGCGAUGACUCGAUCAACGAUCUGAUUGCCACCAUAGCCAAGUUGGACUCGAAUGGGGUGCAGGUGUUGCCGGAGGGUCGCACCAAGACCACCUCACCGCAGGUGCACAGCUCGACGGAUCUGUCCAACACGCAGGAAGUUAAUAAUAAAAACGAACAAAAAGAUGAUCCCAACGAGGACUGGUGCGCCGUUUGUCUGGACGGCGGCGAGCUGAUGUGCUGCGACAAGUGUCCCAAGGUGUUCCACCAGAACUGCCACAUCCCCGCGAUCAGUUCGCUGCCCGACGAGAGCGAAAGCUGGCAGUGCCUCUUGUGCGUCAACCUUAAGGAACUGACCAAGGCGGAGGGCAGUGAUAAGAGCUCCACCGGCGAGCUGAGCGCCCUGGAACUGCGCAUCCUCCAGCGCAUCUGCCUCGAGCUGUACUGCCAGUACGAACAGAGCCUCAAUUUCCGGGAGCCGGAGUCGCCGGCCAACACUUCCUACUACGAGAUUGUGUCCAGUCCCAUGUCGCUGGAUGUGAUCCGCACCCGCCUGGAUCCCUCCAGUCCCAACCACUACAAGGACAUUGCCGGGUUUGUGUCUGACGUGCGUUUGAUUUUCUCCAACACCUACCUCUUUUAUCAGGAGGACACGAAAACAUAUUCGAAUGCCAAAUACUUGGAGAACUUCUUCGAGGAGCAGCUGGCCAAGUGGCUGCCACAGUUCGAGGGAAGCAAGCAGCUGGGCAAAGGCAGCACAUCCAACUCGCCGGCGCUGUUGGGCGUAAAUGCGACUGGUACUCCGUCGCCCAUUGAAAAUGGACGGAAAAGCUGCGGCUCGGCUUCCUUGGGCGACAGCGACAGUGGCUGCUUGCCAGCGAAGAGGGCGCGACGUACGGGGCACGAAUAGAACGAGCUGAUGCCCGGCGGAAGGGGCACAAACGGGGAGCCGUCGGCGGAGACGGGGCAGCAGCGCCGCCAGGAGGAGCAACAGCCGGGUCAGCAGCAACUGUCUGGGGUCCUGGAGGAGUUCGACUUGGAGAUGCCGCAGCGACCGCACAGCCUGGGCAGCAAUGUUAUCCAGGAGAGUGCCGACUAUGUGCUUCAGCUUUUGCACGCAUACGCCGCCGCCUUUGGACUGUAGACGCCGCAGAAGCUACAUAUCCGAAUUUCCCUCUAAUGUAGGCUUCAUUGUACUUGGUGGGGGCGAUCGACCCAUAGGCUUCCUCAAAAACCUGGAUCAAGUAGCAGCUAAAGCAUAUUUUAAACGCAACUGUAAAUAGUAAAUCAAGCAAGUCAUUUGAUAUGAUUUUAUUUGUACGUACAAUGGAGCAAAUUGAACCCUUGGGCGAUCGAGAAUUGAAAUGAGAUAUGUUUAGCUAAAUUCUAAGUGUUGAAUAUCCGUAAACAUUGAUAUAAUUAUAAUAUAACUAUAACUAUAAAUAUGUAUACCUUUCUGUAGAGAAACAAGUAGAGAUUAAAACUAGUUGUAAGUGUUCAGUUUCGAGUGAAAUCGUCAUCCUUAUUUCACUGUUUAGUAUUUGAGAUAGACCCCGUUCUGACCCAUCUCUGUUGGAAUUGUAUUUACUUUUGUGAUAGCGAAAAACAAUAAGAUGAACAAAUUACCCAUUAUUCAUUAAUAUUAUUAAUACCAUUAAAUUAAAAGCUGUGCCGCAGUUAUACAUUUAUUUCGAAUUUGACAUGUACGAUAUUUAUUGACCGCUAACCAUCCAUCAGUAGGACCCGAUAGGGACCCUCAUGUGCAACCCAAGCCUCUGCUCAUCCCAAGAACAGCAUACAUUCGUAUACCAUGUAAGAAGACACUUGAAAUAAGUUAGCUGCAUUCUAGACGUCUAAGUUCCGCAGUUGAAUCAAACCCUUAAGUUACGGAUAAGCAAAAAAUUGAUGUUGGAUGUUGUACGUUUGACGUAGUAGCAUACAGUAGGUGUAAGGAGUGAGUAGCUCUAUUUAUUAGCAAUCGACUGGCGGGGAUCGACUCCCGCGGUCGAUGUACAUACUGAUCUAUACAUACUUCCGAAAAAGAAUCACCCCUUCAUAUACAUAUAGAUAACUUUAACCGAACGUGUGUGUAGUUUUAUAUGAUGCCCGAUUGAAACUAAAACAAAACCAAAUCAGCUAAGGUCAAUAUUUUCAUAGAUAUUUUCAAUGCAAGACACCCAGAACAGAUACGAACAGAAUCCUCACUGGACAACUACAAAAGUAUAUUUAAACUAAAUGAUAAAACGGCUACUACUCCUAAUGGCGCCACAAUAGGUACGAUAAGGGGGCGGAAGUAUAUUUAUGAAAUUAAAUAGCCAUGCAUAAAUGUUUGUACAACGUUCUCAAAUGUGUGCUAUCCUAUCAAAAGUAAAAGCUAAGCAAAACAAAACUAGAGCGAGCAAAGGUAGAUCAUGCGUAGCAUCUGCGAAUGUUUGUAUGUUAUAUGUGAAACUAUGGAAAUUAUUUUAUCUGUUUUAGCCGUAAGUUUUACGAUAACUAAAGAUUAACCACUGUAUAUGGAUGUACUACUUACUAUCGAGUGGAAUAUAAAACAAUAAAAAACUUCAUGUACUACGCUGAAA